GGGACACACAUGCUUCUCUCUCAGUCCUCUGUAGUGUAUUUCUGGACUUCAAGACAAGAGAACUGAUUUUCGAUUAACAAUAUGGGAACGUUUGAAGAGGUCGAAGAUGGCAAUAAUUGUGCAGUGUGCAAGAAACCCGCCGAAUCCAAAUGUAAAGGAUGCAAGGAAGUGAAUUAUUGCACUCGGAAUUGUCAGAAGACCCAUUGGAAGCGUCAUAAGAACGAGUGUAAACUUCUACCUUACAAGGUAGAGAAAUCAGCCGAACUUGGACGCUUUCUUGUUGCAACUCGGGAUAUUAAAAAGGGCGAUGCCAUUUUCAAAGAAGCUCCGUUGGUUUUGGGUCCAGUGGCCCAAACUUUACCGGUUUGUUUGGCCUGUUAUGAGCUCGUUGAUGGAACUUAUAAAUGCAAAAAGAGUGGAUGGCCACUUUGUGGGCCUCAAUGUGAGGCCAAAGUAGCUCAUAACCCGGAGGUGGUUAUCCCAAGCCAAACUGAGGGUCUCUUCGAAAUUGAGUCCUAUGAGGAACCGUGCUAUCUGUACGAAUGUGUCACUCCAUUGAGGGCUCUUUUGUUACAGAAGACAGCCCCCAAGAGGUUCAAAAAGAUUAUGAGUUUGGAGUCCCAUUUGGAGAGCCGAAAAGGAACGGAAGCCUGGCAAACAUGCCAAGAUCGCGUGAUUGACGUGAUGAAGAAAACCUUAGGUGUUAUGGUUUUUGAGGUUCUUUAUCCACAAUUGGACUUUAAAGAUGAGAGGAUACAGGAACUUGUGGGAAUCUUCGAGACCAAUUCCAUCGAGAUCCGAUUAGGCCAAACGGAGGUUCACGGCCUCUACGAAAUGGGUUCAAUGAUGGAGCACAGUUGUGUUCCCAACAUCAACAUGAGCUUUGAUGAGAAAUUCCACCUUACGGCUACUGCCGGAAGAGAUAUCGAGAAGGGCGAGCACUUGUCCAUUAUGUACACUCAUUGCCUUUGGGGUACUUGGGCCCGACGGGACCAUCUUAUCAACUACAAGAAGUUCUGGUGCUCUUGCAAAAGGUGCUCAGACCCCUCAGAACUUGGCACUGAGUUCUCAACAAUUUUACGGAACGGGAAAAAGCUGAGACCAAAGAACCCUUUGGAACCAAACACGUCUUGGGUUUCAACUGAUGGAACCAAUGAAGUCUCGAGCAUUGACGUCCAAAACGACAUGACCAGAAUUGCUGCCGAGCUCUCCAUUCUCCAAAUUAAGGGCACAGUUCCCGAGUUUCGAGAGUUUCUGGAGAAGUACUCCAAGGAAUUACAUCCUUGCCAUUACCACAUGGUGGCUGCCAAGCAUAACCUACUCCAAAUGCUUGGCCGGGUGGAAGGAUUUGUGAUCCAGGAUAUGCCCAUGAAAGACCUGAAGGAAAAGGAGCACUUGUGCCGAGAACUGGUCGAGUUGUGCAAGAAAUUGGAUCCGUCCGUUUGCCGCCUACAAAUCUAUUUGGGCGUUUCCUUGUAUGAGCUCCACUUUCCGCUCCUUCAAUACGGAAAGCGAGCGUGGGAAAGUGGGGAUAUGUCCACCGAAGAAUUUAGGAAGUCUCUCAUGGAGCCUCGUGAUCUACUUAUUGAAACAGCCUCCGUGUUAAGGGACGAGACAAACACCAAGCUACCGGAGGGACAGCUUCGAAUGCAAGUGCGUGAAACCCUGACCCAACUGGAGGGUUUCAUGAAAACAGUGGGCUGCGACUUCUGAGGAUAGAUGCUUUUGAUUGAAAAUGUUUGGAUGUCCAUUAAUGAUAUCGCAAGUCAUUUUGUUCCUUAGUUUCUCUUCAAUUCAGAUAGGCUCAAACCUGUUCUUCUCAGUUUUUACUUCAAUCUCGUGUCUCUGAAAUACAAUGCUUAUCGAUA